AUGGCGCCCCUGACUGAGGAAAUAUUGAUCCAACAUAAUCUCCUGAUAAGUGAGCAAAAGAUUAGCACCGAAGAGUCUCACGCAGCCAAAGUCGUUAAAUGGGAGAAGAUCCACCAAGCCCACUAUCAGCUCGGAGACACCAUGGGUCACAAGAUAGUUCUGGAUAGCGACCCAUUUGACGAUGAUGCUUCCAAACAUACAAGUCUACAGGAAACCGAAUUCUCUUGCAACUUAGAGCUCUCCCUUCUAGACCAGUCCGCAAGCGAGGGGCCUCUGGAGCGUUUCUUUACUCCAGACGGCUGUAGUGAUCCUUGCUAUCUUUCUCGAGAUGCCCUCGGAACGCAAUUCGCAAACGAGGACAGUGUGGAAGCCCGGAGACUCCAUGCAGAGAUGUGCGUGGAGAUUAUCGUUCAGAAUGAGAAUGCGAACAAAGGGAGUACACAUGCUUAA